AUGACGACUUCCGAGCUACCGCAGUGGUUGCAAACUGUCAAUUACAAGCGAAAGCUACGGGACGACGCUAUUCAAAAGUUCAUCGAUGCGCAGGCAACGCCGGCCGAGCAACCCAAUGGAGUCGGCGGAUCCCAUAGUAAUCAAGAUGUGACAGCCAUGGACGAUGCCCGACUCAUCCCAGAGGCCAUAAUGUCGCGUGCUGUGACGGUAUCGCUGCUGCUGAACGCCUACAUCAACCGCCUUACCGAGAUCAUCUUUGACGAUGCCAUCAAGCAAGCCAAAGCGUUGGACGAUCACUUUGAAAACACUGCUCAAUUGUUAGGGCCCCUUCAUGGGGUACCCAUGACUCUCAAGGACCAGUUCGAUGUCAACGGCUACGAUAGUACGCUUGGUUAUGUUGGGCGCGCCUUCAAACCUGCCCAGCAAGACUGCGUACUGGUAUCGCUGUUGAAGGAGAUGGGCGCUAUCAUUGUUGCCAAGUCCAACCUACCACAGAGCAUCAUGUGGUGCGAAACCGACAACCCGUUAUGGGGCCUCACCACCCAUCCAAAGAACACCGGUUUCACGCCUGGUGGCUCGACUGGCGGAGAGGCUACGCUUCUCUCGCUUCAAGGUGCUGUGGUCGGAUGGGGCACUGACAUUGGAGGCAGCGUACGAAUACCUUCACAUAUGAACGGUUUAUACGCACUCAAGCCCAGCAGCACUCGUCUUCCAUAUCAAGGUGUAUCCGUAUCAACCGACGGCCAAGAGCACGUUCCCUCGGUCAUUGGACCGAUGACACGAAACAUGAGUUCGCUUACGGCAGUCACCAAAGCCGUGAUUGAUGCAAAGCCUUGGGAACAGGACCCGAAGUGCUGCCCGGUACCAUGGCGAUCUGAAGCUUUCGAAGAUGCGCGUACGCGACCGCUGGUAGUUGCUAUCAUGCGUGAUGAUGAAGUUGUGAGAUGUCAUCCGCCCAUCACCCGCGUUUUAGAUGAAGUCGCUGUAAAGCUUCAGAAGGCUGGACAUGAGGUAAUAACAUGGACCCCGGGCACUCUUCAUCAAGAAUGUAUCGAUAUCAUGGAUCAGUAUUACACAGCAGACGGUGGUGAAGACAUCCGGCGAGAUGUUGCGGCGGGUGGAGAACCAUUCAUUCCGCACGUAGAAGCCCUCGUCAAUCGGGGAAAGGCCAUCUCCGUCUACGACUACUGGCAGCUGAACAAGAAGAAGCUUGAGCUACAGAAGCGCUACCUCGACCUUUGGAACUCGACAAAAUCUCCCAGCUCUGGCAACCCAAUUGAUGUUCUCCUCACACCUGUCAUGCCUCACUCUGCUGUACCUCAUAGGAAGUGCAGGUGGGUCGGAUACACCAAAGUCUUCAACUUUGUCGACUACCCGGCAGUAGUCCUGCCAGCUGGUGAAGUUUCGAAACAGCUUGAUAGUGAGGCCGCGAAGAAUAUGGGCGAGUACGAGCCCAGGAACACACUAGACGAAUGGAACUGGAAGACGUUUGAUUUGGACACGAUGGAUGGUAUGCCGAUAGGUAUACAAAUCGUUGCUCGAAGAUUACAGGAGGAGAAGGCAUUGGGUGCGGCCACGGCUAUCGACAGCCUAUUGAAGAAGCAGGUCUAG